GAGAGAGAAGAAAAGGAGUGUGUGGCUGUGAGCGUCACAGGCAAGAGCUUUCCAAGCCCAUGCAGCAGCGCGUUACCGACAGUCCCCAGGGGCAGGGGCAGGGGCAGGGGCGCGCGCUCACACUCUGGCUCUCCCAACUUUUAUGGCUGCCAUUAAAUCCCGUUCUAAUGAGGACAGCCUAAUAAAUCCACCGAUGGAAACGUAAAUCUUUUUGGAUCCCCUUUCUCGCCUCUCCCAGCUCUUCCCACUUUGCGGCCUUCCUUUUCUUGAUCCGGGUUGGAUGAGGAGGAAGCUAGCUUAGGUGAUCCGGGCAUCGGACCGCGGAAAGGUGGGGUUUUGUACGUCUUCUUCCUUUCCCCGUGUUCCUGGAUCUGUAGAGGGCAUCCGACAUGGGAUUCUUGAGCUCCCUGUUGGGUUUCUUGGGGUUCGGAACCGGAAUCGGCGUCGGGCUGCUCAUCGGCUACUGCUUCUUCAUCUACUUCCAGCCCACGGAUGUUAAGGAUCCUGAAAUUAGGCCUCUUGCUGAACUUGAUUCAAAGUCACUGGAGCAGAUGUUUCCUGAAAUUCCUCAAUGGGUGAAAAAUCCAGACUUUGAUCGAAUUGACUGGCUAAACAAGUUUCUCGAGCUUUUGUGGCCAUAUCUCGAUAAGGCAAUCUGCAAAACUGCAAAGGAGAUAGCAAAACCAAUUAUUGCUGAGAAUACUGCCAAGUACAAAAUUGACUCGGUUGAAUUUGAAACUCUCACUUUAGGUUCUCUGCCACCUACUUUGCAAGGAAUGAAAGUGUACAUUACAGAUGAAAAAGAAAUAAUUAUGGAACCAUCACUUAAAUGGGCUGGAAAUCCUAAUGUCACUGUUGUGGUUAAGGCAUUUGGACUAAAAGCAACUGCACAGGUAAUAGACUUGCAAGUAUUUGCUACACCACGUAUUACAUUAAAGCCACUUGUCCCCAGCUUCCCCUGUUUCGCAAAGAUCCUUGUAUCGCUCAUGGAAAAGCCACAUGUUGAUUUUGGACUAAAGCUUCUUGGAGCUGAUGUGAUGUCAGUGCCUGGUCUUUACAGAUUCGUUCAGGAGACGAUCAAGAAGCAGGUUGCCAACAUGUAUCUUUGGCCUAAAACGCUGGAAGUGCCAAUAAUGGACCCUUCAAAAGCUAUGAAGAAGCCCACUGGUAUCCUAAAUGUGGUUGUCGUCCGAGCAUAUAAAUUGAAGAAAAAAGAUCUUUUGGGCAAGUCCGAUCCAUACGUAAAGCUAAAGCUCGCGGAUGACAAUCUUCCAUCAAAGAAAACAACAGUCAAGCGUAGCAACCUUAACCCUGAAUGGAAUGAGGAAUUCAAGUUGGUUGUUAAGGAUCCAGAAUCUCAAGCUCUGGAGUUGAGUGUCUACGAUUGGGAACAGGUUGGAAAACAUGAGAAAAUGGGCAUGAAUGCUAUCCCAUUGAAAGAUCUCAUCCCUGACGAGACAAAAUCUCUAACCCUUGAACUGCUCAAGAACAUGGAUCCUAGUGAUCCUCAGAAUGACAAGUUGCGUGGACAGAUUGUUCUUGAGGUCACUUACAAGCCAUUUAAGGAAGGGGAAGUUGCAAACAACAUAAGUGACGGUGAAAACGAUGUAGAAAAGGCCCCUGAAGGCACUCCUGUGGGUGGCGGCUUGCUUGUGGUCAUCGUACAUGAAGCUCAAGAUCUUGAGGGGAAGCACCACACAAAUCCAUAUGUUAGAAUCCUUUUCAGAGGAGAAGAGAAGAAGACCAAGUACAUCAAGAAAAACAGGGACCCGCGUUGGGAAGAGGAGUUCCAGUUCAUGUGUGAGGAACCACCCACAAAUGAUAAAAUGCAUGUAGAGGUUCUCAGUAGGCCACCAAGUAUUGGAAUCCACUCGAAGGAAAUUCUGGGGUAUGUCGUCAUCAGCCUUGCAGAUGUUGUCAACAAUAAGAGAAUCAACGAGAAAUAUCAUCUAAUCGACUCCAAAAAUGGUCGCAUACAAGUUGAGCUGCAGUGGCGGUCAUCAUAGUUGAGCCACACUGUUUACUGUCUCUACAAGGAAAUAUUUAUUGAGAUCUUGUGGCGUACCGCAUGCUGAAUAAUUGGAGAAUAAAUUUCUGUAUAUAUCUGAAUCAGAGAUUGCUCUCAUCCCAAGAAUUUCUGUUUACGUUUUCAUAGCUUCAUAGAACUUUGUGUUUGAGAUUUUUCUUAAAAUUCUUUUUGAGUGGUGUAA